AUGUCGAAAGAAAUAUUUUCAAAGGUAAUUCCUAAUGUGAGAGUUGACACAGUUUUAAAUGAUGAAGGAGAUGAAAUCAAUGCAGAAGUUCGAGAAGAUGUGGAGGCCACACAGAGUCGAAAAAAGAUUUUUGAUUUGCUUUUGUCUGCCGGCUAUUAUCGUGUUAUGAUUAAAAAUCUUUCGGAUUUCGAUAAAAUUGUUGGAGGAAUGACAUGGUGCAUUGAAGCUUGUGAGUUUGAUGUUGAUGCUGACAUAUUGUUCCACGAAAAUUUGACUAUAGGACAAAAAAUGAAGAAAAACGCUCCUGAGCCGGCAGACAUAAGAAGUCAAGUUCGUCUAACUCUACUUGAAUAUGGAGUAAAAUCAUUGACACCUUCAUCAGAAUCGUCAGCAAUAAAUACACAAAAUGAAAAUAUAAAUAAUCAACAAGAUGAGGUUUUGGUUGAAGAGCUUAUGAAUAAAAAUUUAGCAAUUGUAGAGGAAGAAGAAUAUCAGAGUGAAAAUCUGAGUCCAGAAGAACGCGAACAAAGAGAAAAACAUUACGAAAAUCUUAAAUCUGAAAUAACGAUUGAUGCACUAAAAGGAUCAAAAGAACUCUCAGAGAAAGCAAAACUGAGAAAUUUAGAAAUGAUUGAACAGAAUUUAACGAAACGAUUAAAUCGAAUUAAACUCAAGAAUGAAACUUUGUUGAAAGAUAACUCAAAAGAUCUUGAGACUUUGGAAUCUUAUAAGAAGAAAAAUGAAGAAUUGCUUGAGAAAAUCAAACAAUUUGAUGAACAACAAGAUAAUGAAGGGAGUAUGAAGAGUACCAUCGAAAAACUUAUUCUUGAAAAUGAAAAAAUGAAAACCGAGGAAAUUCAAUUAAAGGAAAAUUGUACAAAAAUUAUUGAAGAUCUUCAUAAACAGAUAGAAGAAGCUGAAAGAAUUUCUGCCACUUCUGAAAGCGAGAAUCUAGCUAAAUAUAAUGAAAUAUUUGAAAACGAAAAGAAAACACUCAAUUUAUGUCGUUUGGAACUGGCAAAAAAGAAUCGAUCAGUAAACAGCCUUCAAAGACGAAUCGACAACAUUCCAGAUAAUAUUGAAUUAGCUCAAUAUCAGAGAAGAUUACUCGAGCUUAACAACAAUAUGAGCUUGAAGACAAAAGAGACGAAGCAAUAUUAUGAUUUAUAUAACACUCUAAGUACAACCCUCGACUACUUGGAAAAGGAGCUGACAUACUUGAAUUCCAUUUACGAUAAUUAUAACUCAGCUAUGGCAACCCCCGCCUCGAGAGAUCAAUUCCUUAAGAAAUUCGAAGAAAUCGUUGAUGGAAUAGCAGCAACCAAGAUGAAAUUUAAGCAUAAAUAUGAUGAAGAAAAGCUAACAAGAGAUAACUUGAAUUCUGAUUUGUUAGUGUUACUUGAUCUUCAACGUAAAUAUGCUGCAGUUGUAAAACAAUUCAAAGUUGCAUGCGAGAAAGUUUAAGAAUAAUUUGAUCACAAAUUUAUAAUUAGCAUAAUAUUUUAUUGGCCUUUCAAGAUUAUUAUCUUUUUUUAAAAGAUUUGAAAAUUCUUUAGUUUCUUUCCUUAAUUAUUUUUCUUUUUUUUCAUAUAUUCGACUCACAAAAAGAUAAUCAGGUUUUUAAUUUUAAAGUUAUGGACUUUAUUAAUGACAGGAAUUUUGUAGUGGAUUUUUUAUUUUUCUAUGAAUAGGAAUACUACACUAAGAAUACGAUAUUAUUCAUUUAUGUUGGCGUUCACUUAGCCACCAUCGUUUUAUGACGAUAAAUUUCCUUUGGAGUUUGAAUGCCGAUGCUAAGUGAACGCCAGCUUCAUUUAUAUUUGUUCAAGAACUAUUUGGAUUUAAAAUAAAUAAAUUACACACAAAUCAAAUUUUUAUUAUUUUUGGAUAAAUGGAUGAUGUAUUGAAACAUAGACACAUUGAUUUGAUAUUCCUCAAGUAAGUAUUCGUUAGUUAGGCGCUUUUGAGAUGCGUUUUGUCAUGAAAUUGAAUCCAAAGAGAGAUUUCAGUUGAAUGCUAUCGAAUUCAAUGUAACUUGAUAAAGAAAUGUAAUAUAACAGAGAUGAUAUUACUUGAUGUGAGAGAUGGUUUCAAUAUUUCUUAAAGCUUUAAGUUAAAGCUGACUCAUCAUGAGUCGAAAAUUCUAAAAUAUUGGCAAAAAUGUGUUUCCUCGAAAAUGGAAACAAAACAAUUUUGGAUCAUCCAACUCUGUGUGGAUCCAAUUUCAGAUCUUAUCUAUUGCUUACAUUUUUGCUUCUCUUCAGUUUACUUCCUUCAGAAUCAUUAUUAAUGCAAUAUUUUAAAACAUAAACACGACUCAGUUGAAGGAAGAAUGGAAUUACCAUUUUAGUCUGUGUAGACGAGAUUAAGGUACUUCUUUAAAUAUUUCAUAAAAUGUUCUCAAAGAAAUGAAUCAAUAAAUGACCAAUUAUAUAAAAAUAAAUAUGAUUUCUCAAUUGUUAUUCACAUGUAGGAAAGUUCUUAAUAUUAAAUGUUUAAACUCCAACUUUUCAUUAUCAUUAUUAAGUAUGUUCAAAAUUUUUUAGAUCAAUUUGGUGUGUGUUGAAUUAAGAAUUAAUCGUGUAGUUGAAAAUCAUUUCAACAGUUAAAUAAGAAAAACUAUUAAUUAAACAUUUAUUUGAUAUCCACUUAGAGUAAUUUGCCGAAUUUGGCUAGUGUU